AGAGAUGUCAUGAAACGUGUUAUCCACGAAUAUGUGUCCAUGGAAACACUUCAUUUCCAAAAUAACAGAAAGGAUAUUGUGACAUGUAACUGUAAUAGAUAGCAAUAUUGUUUGAUGUAAUUCAUUCAACAUAAUAAAAAAUGAGAAAGCUCUUAAUCUUAAAUUAAACAGGGAAUGAUAAAUUAAUUCUUACGAAUCGUGUAAUAUACACAAUCGUCAACUGAUAAUAACCUUCAACGUUGUAUGUUCCAAAAUAAUUUAAAAUGUAUAUAGAAUCCACUCGCAUUAAUCUACCUCUACAACAGAGAAGAAAAACUAAUCUUUUCUAUCGAUAUGGAUAUGUUCUAUUAAUGCUUAUUUGUAUGAUAUUUGCAUCUAUUCAACCACAAAUUGGUGGGACAAAUGGUAUAAUCAAUGGAAAUUUUAUCAUUCGCUAUUUUGUUGUGCCUUUGACAUAUUUAGAAGCUGGAUUAUUAUGUGAUCCUAAAUCUCUUUACUCGACAUUAAGAGAUGGCUAUCUUCUGACAUUUGUCAUGACUUUCAUAUACAUUUUGAUGCCUUUUUUAGCACGUAUUGGGACAUAUCUAUUGACUUAUGCAAAAGUUAAUGUGUGGUUACUCAAAGGAAUGGAGGUGCUUUAUUGUAUGCCACCACCAUUUAGUACAGGACUUGCUUUAUGUCGUUUGGCACAGGGUGAUUUGCCUACAAGUGUAAUUACUACACUAGUAUCACAUUUUGGAGGAUUAUUUUUAUCUCCUAUUUUACUAUAUCUUAUGUUAGGAACGUUCACUCCACCAUUAGUUGGGAUUAACAUCAGAGAGACCAUAUACGGUACACUUAUUCCUUUGGGCAUGGGUAUUAUGCUACGGUCAUUUAUAUUGAAAGACAAGUAUUUGAAUAUUAAUACAGAAUGGUUUUCCCAAGGAUUAUUGUUGACAAUAGCAUAUCACUGGUUUUGCGACGCUGUUUUGGCAGAUGCUUCAUCAUUACAAGCAAUAGAUGUACUACUCUGUGUACUUAUUGCAUGCGUGGGGCAACUCCUUCUUAGCAGCUUAUGUUGGAUCUUGUGCUCUCAAUGGUUGCCACGGGAUAUCUUGUUAGCCGCGCUAUUCACCAGCACUCACAAAUCUGUUGGUCUUGGCAAUUGGAUUUUACGAGGAACAUACCACGGUUCAGUUCAUGGACCAGCAGUGAAUUUACCAUUAACGAUAUUACCUGUUGCACAAUUACUGUUAGGUAGUUUGUUAGCCAGUUGGCUAGCUCCGUAAUAAAAAAAUUUAAAGUGAUACUAUUUUGUGAUAUCCAUAUCUCAAUUUAUAGAGAUAUCGAUUUAUCUUCCAACUAGUCUUUAAAUACAAUAAUAAUUUUGGUAGUGUAACAUCACAUUUAUGCACUAGGAUAUUUUAUAUCUUAAAAAUGAUAUA